GUACAGGUCUCUGUGUUGCCUGUUACCCGUUGCCUGUUGCUCUUUCUUUACCAAUUUCCAAAAACCAACAGCUUCUGACCAAAAGAAGAGGAGCCCUCAACGAAGACUGCUGAAGAUGAAGCAGAGAGAUUUUCAUAGGGGAAGGAUUAAGAUUAUUACUAUGUUUAUGUUGGCUGGUUUGUUUCUUGGCUUUCCAAAUGCUGAUGCUUCCAUUCAUGAGUACAGAAUGGAAGCUUUUAGUCCAAGAUCAGACGCAUUCUUCUUCCAUGGAGGCAGUGAAGGCCUCUAUGCUUCCAAGCUCCAUGAACCCACUAGCGCUUCUGAAACCAAACAAUCUCUCAAGGGAAAGUCCAGCAUCAGUUUUGACUCGGUCACCUUUGUGAGGCCGAAAGAGAUGGCUAAUAAGCACAACGAGAUGCAGCAGAACACUGGAUUAGUGGAAGCAAUCAUACUUGAGGUUAAAGAUAGAGAAAAGAUUGGAGGGUCCUCUUUAAAGUCUGAUAUCAUUUGCUGCAACAAAUACCAUUCCGAACAAGGGGUCUGCAAAGUUGGUGAGGUUAUCAUCCAUAAUAACCCAGACAACCCCGGGUGGCCAAAACGCAUUAAGACCUUUUUUCAAGGGAACAAUGAAGAAGUUAAAAUGGAGCUCGAAAAUGUCGAAAUAAACAGCACUGGGAUGUACUACCUCUAUUUCAUGUUUUGCGAUCCGCAACUCAAGGGUACUCUUAUUAAAGGAAGGACUGUGUGGAAGAACCCCAAUGGUUAUUUACCUGGGAAGAUGGCUCCUUUGAUGACAUUUUUUGGUGUGAUGUCUUUGGCUUACCUUGUACUAGGCCUUGGCUGGUUUUUAAGGUUUGUUCAGUUCUGGAAGGAUAUCAUUCAUUUGCACUACCAUAUCACGCUGGUGAUUGCUCUUGGAAUGUGUGAAAUGGCUGUUUGGUACUUUGAAUAUUCUAAUUUCAAUUCAACUGGGAGCAGACCAAUGGGUAUUACAUUGUGGGCAGUGACCUUUGGCUCUGUUAAGAAGACUCUAUCUCGCCUUCUUCUUUUGGUGGUUUCCAUGGGCUUUGGUGUCGUCAGGCCAACCUUAGGUGGCUUAACAUCAAAAGUGCUUCUGCUUGGUUUGGUAUAUUUUAUUGCGACAGAUGCACUUGAGCUGGUAGAACAUUUGGGGAACAUUAAUGACUUUUCUGGGAAAGCAAAGUUAUUUUUGGUUCUACCUGUAGCUUUUUUGGAUGCUUGUUUUAUUCUAUGGAUUUUCUCAUCACUAUCAAAAACUUUAGAGAAACUUCAGAUGAGGAGAAACUUGGCAAAACUGGAGUUGUACCGCAAGUUUACUAAUGCCCUUGCAGUGUCUGUGUUGCUCUCUAUUGCUUGGAUCGGCUUUGAGCUAUACUUCAAUGCCACUGAUCCACUGAGUGAGUUGUGGCAAAUUGCAUGGAUCAUCCCAGCGUUCUGGAAUAUGCUUGCAUAUUCUCUUUUGGUGGUCAUAUGUGUUCUGUGGGCUCCUUCACGUAAUCCAACCAGAUACGCUUACAUGGAGGAGAUGGAUGGGGACUCUGACGAGGAGGGUAUUGCAUUGACCAGCAAUGGUGGGGACAUGGCAAUGAAACUGGAAAGGCAGGCAAUUGGAGAUGAUCUUGAGGAGGAUAAGCGCGAAUAGAUGAUAUCACAAUGUAUAAUAUACCAAAAUCCCUAUUGAAGCUUGAUUUGUACACCCAGGAAAUAUCUGUAAAUCUUGCAUUACAAUCAGAGUUGUAUGUAUAGAGAACUUGUGACUGAAGCACUUUGAGAAGGCAUGAACAUAGAUAUUGCAGUAUUACUGUAUUAGUGAAAUUUUACGUCUGAACUGUAAUGGUCUGACCAGCGCUAAUUUAAGCAAUGAGCAAUGCCAUCUCCUUCUAACUCAUCUUGAGGUUCUCAUGUC